AUGAGUGCCAGAGCAACCUGGAGAGCCUCUUCGUCGGCGUUUUUAAUCACUCAAUCACGGCUAAUUGGGAAGUCACUAAGACUUGCGCCAUUGGUUGCAGCUUCGGCCACAAGAGCUGAUUGGUCAUCUUAUCAGUCGCAAUUGGUAUACACAGCGCAAGAGGCAUCAGGACUUUUCACCAGAAAUGGUCUAUCACGACGUUCAAUAACAUCGUUGCAUUUGACCCCGCGUGUGAGGGAUUUCUCCACUGCGCAAGCAGUUAACUCCAAGAUGAAUUUGAAGUUCCCCAGUCCGGACAUCCACCGGGCUUUUAUUGCCCUAGGAAGCAAUGUCGGUGACCGUGUAGAAAUGAUUGAGCAAGCUUGUCUUGAAAUGGACCGAGUUGGGAUCAAAGUGAAAAGAACAAGUUCAUUGUUCGAGACCGCACCGAUGUAUGUGCUUGAUCAAGAUCCAUUCAUCAAUGGUGUAUGCGAGGUGGAAACCACGCUUGCGCCUCUGGAUCUUUUGGACACUAUUCAAUCCAUUGAGAUUGAGAUGGGCAGAAAGAAGCUCAUAGACAAAGGCCCACGCUCUAUUGACUUGGACAUCCUACUAUAUGAUCAGGAGAUCGUCUCUCAUGAGCGUCUCAACAUCCCACAUAAUCUGAUGCUCGAGCGAGACUUCGUAUUGCGGCCUCUCAGCCAAUUAAUCCCCAAUGAAUAUCCUCCACUACCAGGAAAGGACACGCAGACAUACAGCGCACAUCUAAAGGCUCUCCCACCACCAGAACCAACACCAAUGUCAACAACUCCAAUCUCACCACUAUUCCCAUCCCUGAGCGCAACAGACCCUAAACGCAGCACCCACGUCAUGGCAAUUCUUAACCUAACGCCAGACUCCUUCUCCGACGGCGGCAAACACUCUCCAACAGACCUAACCUACAUAACAGAAACAGUCCGCGACUUCAUCACCUCCGGUGCAACAAUCAUCGACAUCGGCGGUGAAAGCACCCGUCCAGGCUCAACACCAGUCGGCGCCGCCGAAGAGAUCGCCCGCGUAGUGCCAGCAAUCAAACACAUCCGAACCGCCAUCCCAGAAGCCGCCAACAUCGCCAUCAGCAUCGACACCUACCGCGCCAGCGUAGCGGAAGCCGCCUGCGCUGCCGGCGCAGACAUCAUCAACGACAUCUCAGCCGGCCUCCUCGACCCAGAAAUGCUGCCAACAGUAGCGCGGAUCGGCAAGUCCGUGAUCUUGAUGCACAUGCGCGGCACCCCGCAGACCAUGACAACCCUGCACGAGUAUCCUUCCGGCGUUAUCCCCGAAGUGGCUGCUGAGCUGGGCGAGCGCAUCGCUGCUGCCGAAGACGCGGGGAUCAGGCGCUGGCGCAUCAUCCUCGAUCCCGGUCUCGGCUUUGCGAAAAUCCAGCCGCAUGACCUGGAGAUCUUGCGCGAGCUGCCAAGAUUGCGCGCGAUGCCCGGGCUUGAGUGCUUCCCUUGGUUGAUGGGGCCUAGUCGGAAGAGGUUCAUUGGUCAUAUUACUGGGGUAAAGACGCCGCAAGAGCGCGUUUGGGGUACCGCUGCUACUGUCUCUGCCAGUGUGGCUGGUGGGGCGGAUAUUGUUCGUGUUCAUGAUGUUCAUGAGAUGUGGCAGGUGACGAAGGUUGCGGAUGCGAUUUAUCGCGUUGAUUGA